UCAUCAACAACAAAAACUCAAAUGGGGAGGCCGGAAAAACAGAGCACAGACUCGAACGACAACGUUUCGUCGUCUUCUAGCAAGUUCAGGGGAGUGAGGAAGAGGAAUUGGGGGAAAUGGGUGUCGGAGAUUCGGCUCCCCAACAGCCGGGAACGGAUUUGGCUCGGCUCGUUCGACUCGCCGGAGAAGGCGGCGCGGGCAUUCGACGCCGCCCUCUUUUGUCUGCGCGGUAGGAAUGCUAAGUUCAACUUCCCCGACAACCCUCCCGACAUCGUCGAUGGCGGGUCUUUGUCCCACGACCAAAUUAAGGUCGUGGCGGCCCGUUUCGCCAACGCGGAGACCCGGGUUAGCGAGUCGGGUCCUGAAAUUGUUCCGGAUCCAUCGACCUCGCUUUCGUCAUCGUACUCCUUCAAUGCCGAGUCGCCUUCUCAGUCGAUUUCCGACGGGCCGGGCCACCAAUUUGAAAGUGAAAUGACACGAACGACCUUUGGGGACGAUGGAUUUCUCCAGCGUUUCUUCGUCUCCUCUUCGUUGAACGCUCCCAGUGAAAAUAACGUAACGGAGUUGGGGUAUUUUUCGGAAUUUGAUCAUUUUUGCAAUGACAAUUAUUUCCCCCGGCCUUUGCCGGGAACAUAUGACCACAUCGAAGACCAAUAUGCUGAAUAUACUUCACAAGAAUCAUUUCUCUGGAAUUUUUGAAGCAACGCUUAGAGGAAAAUGGGCAAGAUCAUUGGUCCCGGAUUUUUUUUUGCCACUGGACUUUUUUUUUUGACAGUAUUGCCACUGGACUUAAUUAAUGGCAUUUUUGUUCUUUAGAUUUCGUGGUAUAAAAAUAUACGAGUAAUAUUUCAUGGGAAAUAUUGUGCCACUAGUUAGUUCCUGUCGUAAGAUUAUGACAAGAAUGUUCCAUCUUGAAAAAAUGUGUUUGCACCAAUUGCACACCCCAUUUUUGCAAUUGCUUAAACAAUGCAGAAUAUUUUAUUUUAAGAAAAAAUGUAGUAUAUUUUUUGUA